UAUGGCAGCGGCGGCGGCGGUGCCCAGCUUUGGGGAGCUGGGAGUGCGCGAGGAGCUUGUAGACGCCUGCACCAAGCUCGGAUGGAAGGCACCCACGCCCAUCCAGGUGGAGGCGCUCCCGCUGGCUCUGCAAGGCCGGGACUUGAUCGGCCUCGCGCAGACUGGAUCCGGGAAGACAGCGGCUUUCGCGCUGCCUAUACUUCAAGCGCUGUUCCAGCAAUGCCACCCAUUCUUUGCGUGCGUCCUGUCUCCCACCAGGGAGCUGGCCAUCCAGAUAUCGGAGCAGUUUGAAGCGCUAGGAUCACAAAUCGGCGUCAGGAGCGUGGCUAUUGUUGGAGGCGUCUCUAUGGUGGAUCAGGCUGUUGCGCUGGGCAAGAACCCGCAUAUUGUGGUAGCCACACCUGGAAGGCUGCUGGAUCACCUCACAAACACAAAAGGCUUUAGCUUGCGAAACGUCAAGUACCUGGUGCUUGAUGAAGCGGACAAGAUCCUGCACAACGAUUUCGAGAAGGAGGUCGAUGAGAUCCUCAAGGUUGUCCCUCGGGAGAGGAAGACGUUCCUCUUCUCUGCUACAAUGACAAACAAGGUGGCAAAACUUCAACGAGCCUGUCUUCGAAAUCCGACAAAGGUGGAAGUCUCCUCCAAAUACACUACCGCUCUUACCCUGAAACAAGAGUAUGUCUUUGUUCCUGCCAAGCACAAGGACUGUUACUUUGUAUUCCUGCUAAACGAGAUGGCGGGGAGUACGGCAAUGGUUUUCACAAGAACCUGUGACAGCACGAGGCGGCUGGCAUUGAUUCUCCGUAGCCUUGGAUUCGGUGCUAUCCCCAUCAGCGGCCAGAUGAGCCAGUCCAAGCGCUCGGGUGCCUUGUUGAAGUUCAAAGCUGGCGACAGAAACCUGCUCAUAUGUACUGACGUCGCCAGUCGUGGCCUCGACAUCCCAUCUGUGGAUGUGGUCAUCAACUACGACAUACCAACAAACUCCAAGGAUUACAUACAUCGCGUAGGAAGAACGGCCCGAGCUGGGAGGUCCGGGCGUGCAAUAUCCAUUGUCACCCAGUACGACGUGGACCUGUACAAGAGGAUAGAGGACUUGAUUGGCAUGACUCUCCCCGAGUUUCCAGCAAAGGCGGACGAGGUCUUGUUACUCGAGGAGCGCGUCAGUGAGGCGCAGAGACUAGCUGCAAUGGUUUGUACUCUUCUUUAUUCUAUGUACUGGUUGGUUGGAUUACAUUUUCUUGUGUGUGUGCAGCACAUCCGAGAGAAGGACGCGUCCAAGAAAUCCAAGAAGCGGCGGAACGGCGACGACGAUGAGGCAGACGAUGGUGGCUAUGUGGCUGGAAAGAGGAAGCAGUCGAAGAAGCGCUAGAAGGAGCACGUCCUGGUGAAGUACUGGCGCUGGGGAGGCAGGGUGGCCACAAGCCUCUUGCUGCGCAAGUCGAUCUCUCGGGCCUCUUGACAGAAGGCGCAGGGGAAGCACAGGCAGUGGACGCAGCAGUCACAGAGAGGAGACUCUGGGAGGUGGAACACGGAUCGCAGCUUGCGCCUGUACCAGCACGAGUAUGCGCAUCCGCACAGGCACGACUGGAGGAGGAACCAGAGCAGACAGGCAGCCACGCACGAAGUCUGGCCCCCGUCGAGAAUCUCCACGUUCCUUCCCAGCGCCACACAGGGGCACAAACAGCCCAAGACACAAGUGGGGAUGUCCGUCAAGCAAUCGCACAAACCCGACUGCCACCCCUCCUCGUCGCCGCCGCCGGACACAAACCCCGCCUCCGCGUAUCGUUGAUAGGCAGCCGCAUAGGCCUCGUCGCCACUGGAAGCCAUCGCCGAUCGCCAAAUAGUAUCAACCCUAGCUUAAAUUAAAUCCCUUUGAAGACCA